CGUACAUCGUAAAUCCACCAUUUACUUUUGACAUUAAUACACGGGAAUGGAAGGGAAUAGUCGUAGUGAAUUUGACAGGACAAGGAACAGGUGGGGGAUAAUGCUCUCUCUCUCUCUCUGCUUUUGAAAGAUUUGGUAAGAUCUUACUAUACGAUAUUGGAUGGAUCUUCAUAAUCUUCGCCUUUACCUCUCUUUUUCUAAGAUUCUUCUUCUCUUUCUUCUUCAUUUAAAAAACCCAAACCCACAUUGUUGCUUCCUUGUGUCUAAAACUAUAAACAGUCUAAAGGAAUAUGGAGGUUGCUGGUGAGGUUUUAUCAUCUGGGUCCUCCCAGGAAUUGCAUGUUCUUGCUGUGGAUGAUAGUUAUGUAGAUCGUAAGGUUAUUGAAAUGUUGCUGAAGAUAUCAUCUUGUAAAGUGACGGCUGUGGAGAGUGGGGCUAGAGCUUUGCAGUUUCUUGGUUUGGAUGGAGAGAAAGGGUCUCUGGGUUUCAAUGGUUUGAAGGUGAAUCUUAUAAUGACUGAUUACUCCAUGCCCGGAAUGACUGGAUAUGAACUCCUCAAGAAAAUCAAGAGAUCAUCAGCAUUCAGAGAAAUUCCAGUGGUGAUCAUGUCCUCUGAGAACAUCCUCGCUCGUAUUGAUAGUUGCUUGGAGGAGGGGGCGGAGGAGUUUCUAGUCAAGCCCGUGAAACUGUCGGACGUAAAACGGUUGAUGAGAGACUGCGUAACGAGAGGUGGAACAGAGGAACAAGAAGGGAGAAGAGUCAACAAAAGGAAGUUAGAAGACGAUAACCAUACUGCAUUAUUACCGUCAUCAUUAUCAUCCGCACUACCAUUCUCGUCAACUACAGCACCAUUUGGCUAUGACCUAGUGACCUCAGAAAUACUAUCAUCACCUCUGCAUUCAUCGAAGAGGGCGAAAUUGUGCGACCGUGACUAAUUCCCCCCUCAUUAUCUUUUGUUUCCUUUUUUUGGGUGUUUUUUUUGUCUAUAUCCUCUAUGUUUCCCCGGGAAAGAUAAUGUGUGAAUGGCACAUAGCAAAGGCCUAUUUAGAAGCUGACAAGAACUAAUUAGGACCUUAAACAGGAAAUUAAGAGAGAGAUACGAAUGGUAUUCCUUUUUGUUCAUGUAUUGUAGGUCA